CGACACUAACCCUUCGCGUCCACAUCUUCCCCACUAAAAUCAUACCCCAUCAUCAACUCUAUUUCAACCUUCCAUCAGCCCACUGCACCACUCUUUCGCAUUCACCCCAACUGCCCGACAUCUUCAUGUCUCUCGCCUCUUGCGUCACGAUCCAGAUCGCUUCAUCUCCUCCACCAUGUCACUGUGCCAUACCAGCCUAGCCCAACCAUGUCGUCGGUCUUGCCCCCAUCGGCCUCCGCAUCUCCAGCAACCUUCGUGACCCACCUCCUCGAUUCCCUCACCUCCGACGUCAACGCCGCCGUUCCACCUCUUCCUAUCGGAUCGCUGCAUCCCGCUAGCGCUAGCGUGGGACGGACGUCGACGUCGACGGUAACAUCGUCAUCGCCAUCGCCAUCAUCGCCCUCGAAUCCAUUACUGAGUGCCGACGAGGCCCUAAGGAAGCGACUGUUGACGCUGCAUGUCCUUUUUCCCAACGAGGUGUUGCCGGCGCUGGAGCUGCUGGAUCGGGGGUUGGUGACGAGGCUGGUGGUGAGCGGGGACGAGGUGCGUGCGGAGGCAGGGCACGUUGGGAAAGCAGGAGGAGCGAGAGAUGAGUCAGGAGGGGAUAUAGAGGGGAGAGGUGGGAUUGAUGAAGGGCCGCAUGCUGGGACGCAGUCUACACAGAAGCAGGAGAAGGGAGAUGGAACUGUGGGCGGCGAAUAUGCGGCCGAUGCUGGCGUCCCUCGCCCUACGAACGCAGAUGCAUGUGGACCGUCUGCGCAAGAAUCUUCUGAACGCAGCUUCGCGCGCCACGCCCAUCCUGCCAAUCUCGUCAUCGCCGACGACACCUCCGCACCGCUGCGGCCCAGCCGCCCCACCGCCGAUGAAACCGCCGAAACCGCCUUCUACCUCGUCCGCUCCGCACAACUCGUGCAUACGCGCUCUUCCCGCUACGCUUCCACUUCGACCGCGGCGGCUUCUGCAGCCCCGGCGCACAAGACGUACCAGGUCCGCCUGCCAGCGUGGAACUGCACGUGUCCCGCCUUCGCGUUUUCCGCAUUCCCAUCUAGCUUCGCGGACAGUGACGGCGGUGAGGAGCUGUGGGAGGAACAUGUGGAUGUUAAGCAUUUCUUCCCCACCGCUGCUGCUGCUACUGUCGGAAGAGGUGCGGGUCGCGAGGGUGAUGAAGCAGGAGAGGAAGAGGAAGGAGAAGAAGGAGAGGGGAAGUGGAUUUUUGGCGGUGGCAUGGCCGGGGCUGUGAAUCAGAGUGCGAGGAUGAGAAUGCCCCCCGUGUGUAAGCAUUUGCUUGCGUGCGUGCUGGGCGAGCGGUGCUCGUUGUUCGCUGGAUUUGUGCAAGAGAGGAGGGUCGGGGACGAGGAGGUUGUCGGGUGGAGUGCUGGGUGGGGGGAUUGAGGAGUCUCUACGUACGGGGACGAGUAGAUGGGGAGAAGGGAAGAGCAAAGGGGAAUAAGGAGGCUGCGGAGAAAUGGAAGAUAUCUGUGAUACCCAAGCAUGAUACCCGGGCGUGAUACCCUUUCUCGGUUCGCAGUCAGCGUAAUAUCCGAGUACAUGCAAUAUGGCAGCCGAAUGAAUGGAGCGACCAACGUCAUUUGUUCAUGUCGUACAUGAUCUAUAUGCCAUACCUCUGAGGUGUGUGUUGAAUCC